AUGCCACGGGAGCGCCCAGCUGACCAUCCCCCCCACAGAACUGGUUCCAAACAGACGGGCCAAGCGAAGCAGCAGAAGCGUCAGGAAGAAUUCGAGCGCAUGCAGAAGGCGAAAGCGGAGGCCGAGGAAGCCGCCCGGGGCAAAUCAGAGAACGAACCCAACGCGGAAUCCACCUCGGACUCCAAACCUUCCACAGACAACAAGACCGACAAGGUCACGCCCCAGCAAACUUCCAGCACGGACACGACGGAGGACCAAUCCAAGACCGCGGCGUCUGCAUCGUCCAGUCGAUCCAAGCACAAGAAAACACGCAGUGAGUCCGCUCGCGAGGCCACUUUUGCUUCGCUGCAACGAGCGUUGAACGCCGCGGUUGCAGCUCGCGACCACAAUAGCCCUGACAAUGAACAUCGUCCAGCUGGAAAUCCCAACGCCGAGGGUUCCAUCUCCCCCGCAACCCCCUUCCUCGACACACACGCUCCGAGUCACCAUUACGCCGACGCCCAGAGUGCCCAGAGUGCGCUCAAUACCCCCUAUCCCGACUGGGAUCACUCGAAGCAUUGGGCUCCGUCUCAGAGUCCUGCAGAAUCUCUUGGCUCACAACAUACUCACAAUGUCAUGCCGAGCGUACAAUUCCCCUCAUCACAGAGUGAAGAAUGGGCUGGCCAAGUACAGCCAACGGACAACUCAUUCCACACGAUGCAGUAUCCUGUACAGCCGGAGAUGGCACUUUCGAAGCGAGGCUCAUCGGAAGAGCUGGCAAGCACGCUUGAAGGCAUCGGCAUCCACACCACCGGGUCGAACGGCCUGUCACACCUCUCCACGGGACCGGAGCGUCCCACCUGGAGGGAAACCGGCAAGGAGCUCGACCUUGCUGCGCGCCGUAAGCGCCCACGACCGGCGGCGAUUGGUACCUCCAGAUCUUCCUCGAUGCUCGCGGGAUCGUCUUCCAUGUCUCCCACGACAAGAGUGCCGAGCUAUGGCGCCAGUCACGGAGUGAGACAGUCGAAGUCAACACAAUGCCUCAACUCCGAACCUGUCCAACUUUCGCAAAGGCUGGGGGCUUUUGGGUUCAAAGGCGGAAUGGUCGUUCGAUUGUUGCCACCCGCUGUCACGACGGGUGCAUUGGCACCACCAACACCCCUGACGCCUGAAGAUUUGCAUCACCUGCUCCCAAAUACUCCCACCGAUGGGGGAUACUGCCUGUCAGCCCAACCGACGAGUGGGUUGUUCCCUACCACGCAACCCAUGCAGAUCAACAUCGCGUCUCCGCCUGCGACACCGUUGGGGGUUGACCUGAUGUCGUCUUACCCGUACAACAACGUCGCGCCCCCGAUGUCUGCCCCUGCCCAUUACACGUCGUUCCCAGAGUACGUACACUGUGACUCGGCAACCAUGACGGGGCGGAGCUGGACAGAUGCAACAUCGAUGCCUUCUCCGGAAGCUUCUUUCCAAAGUCGCUGUCCCAUGCCGCAGCAGGCGGAUGGGUCUAUGUCGUAUGAGCGCUCUGUCGACACGGUCCCUAUCUCAGAGUCUCCCUCUUUGGUGUAUUCAACUAGCGAGGGCGACCUGUCGGUGCACGCUGACUCCAAAGGCAUGGAGUUCUGCAUCCAGGAAUUCCCUGAACAGCAAGAAGCUCAUCGAUUCGUUGCCCAGCAAAUGUCCCAGAAACCCAAGGCGUACACAUUCAAUAACCAGACGCCCAAUGAUUUCUAG